AUGAGACUACUUGCUCUUGCAAAGUCGAGCAUCCCCCGUCUCUUCGCGGUAGUGCUGCUCCUCUCACAGUAUUGCGCGGCUGCCGACAAUGAAGGCCAAGCUGAUCCUCGUGGCUUUCAGGACGCAGGCGGAGCCAAUCCUGUCCCUCUGCAAGGGCAGAGAAGGGUCCCGCCUACCCUUCAAGAGGUAUUGGACUCCACCUCUCAGUUCAGAAUACGGACUCAUCCACGUCUUCAAGCCAACGAAUAUAUCAAUUGGCUCGACUUAGACAGAAUCAACCAGUUGCCGUCAAGCUACGCACAGCAUCAAGACACACGCUCCGACCCUGCUGUUCCUUUCUACAAUCGGCGCAUCCCCCUGUACUCGACCACGCAGAAUCCUGCAAUCAUCGAGCAAGCGCUUAGAGACCAUCGUCGAGUCGGUAUGGUUGACCCAAGCCGACACCAGGCGAUGGAAAUUUUUAUGGACGAAGGACAUCUUUCGCAGCAGCCUUUUCUCGAGACGUCGAAAGUCAUCGAUUUCUUCGAGCUCAGUCCUAAAGUUCACGAGCUCCAAAAGGUGAUUUACGGUAGACAUCCCAACUCUCCUGAGCCACUCAGUAUUGACGACGUACCGCACUUUCGAGGAAUCCCUGUGCUUACUGCAAAUCACGACUCGCUUGGUCACAUGCGCGGGGCUUCUCAACAAAAUCCUAAAAUCUUCUAUCUACCGCAGGUGGCGGUGGACUCCCCGGAAAGGACUAGAUACCAGUUGAUCAAUCCAAAGACCGAACUUCUUACUGAGUUCUCAGACUCUCAGACUACGGAACAGAUCAAGAAACUCUUGAAAGAUUACCGGGAUUAUACGAACGAGUAUGGCAGAGGGCUCGCAUCGCUGAAAUUUGGGCGUCCUUUGGACAGGAUUCCCGAAUUGACGCAGUUCAGGAGCACUCCACCGUCUCUCCGGGAGUAUCCGCGCUUCACAUCGCGCGCUGCGAGUCGUGAGGAGAUGAUUCAAGCGCUACGCAAUCACGGUCGCUUCCGUCUUUACCUUGAUGACGCUGGUCAGCCCAACAAAGUGUAUAAAGUUAAGUUGCAACUCGAACGCCCUCAUCGUGGCCCACCUCGCAGGCAGCUGGUAAUUAAGCCUUUGACCACUGCCGAGAUUCUCUCGGAGAAAGCUUUCAAAACUUUUGGACGGUUGCACCUGCCAGUAUAG